GAAGAAUAUUUUAAUAAUUAAUUAAUGUUAAGGUUUCUAUAUAUUUAUUUUUAGUGUAGACAGCACAUGUUUUUGCAAUAAAUGUUUUGGUACAAGGACGUAAAAGAUUAGUGACUUACAGUUUAGUAAGAACGCGGCAGCCCAAGCCGGUAGGUUUAACUCCACUGAUCAUGUGACAGAAUGACGUGAUGCAGUUUGUUCCUUAUAAAUGCGUCACAUUUUGCUGUGUGUUCCUGUGUCGUUCCCGAGCUGCCAGUGAUCCAGACUCCCUCUGCCCUCCGGACCUGUCUGACCCAUCCUGGUGCCCCGCUUCUGGUUGGAGAUCUCGUCACAUGGAUGCCCUGUGUGUCUCUCUGGGAUGGUUUUCUCUACCAAGAAGACCUUUCUACCUUCUGGCCUCGACUGGUGUUGACAGCUGUUUCUCUGGGGACUUGACAGUUCGAUGUUUCACGACUGGAACUUCUUACAAGUCUACCUGGGUCUUCAAUAACUACCUGGACUCCAUAUUAACAUCAAUUAACAUCAGCUAUUAUAGCUGAACUGCCUCCCACCCUACACACUGUAUAAAUGCAGAUCAUUUACUGCUUUCUGUUUCACCCAGAUGAGGAUGGGUUCCCUGUUGAGUCUGGUUCCUCUCAAGGUUUCUUCCUAUUAUCAUCUCAGGGAGUUUUUCCUUGCCACUGUCGCCCUCGGCUUGCUCACCAGGGACAAACUGACCAUUUUGAUUCAUACAAAUUCACAUUUCAUACAAACUUAAAUAAUUAUUUUGAUUGUGUAAAGCUGCUUUGGGACAAUGCCAAUAGUUAAAAGCGCUAUAGAAAUAAAAUAAAACUAAAUUGAAUUGAAUGGGUGUUGCAUUUUGCCAUGAACAUGUAGUGGGUUUUCAAAUUUAAACAGCUUUGAUGUAAUUUUCCAGAACAAGACAUUCAUCACUAUGGAAGUCAAUCAAACCCUUCGUAUAGUCCCUCAGUCAUCAUCUGUCUUCUCCUGUAUACAGGGCCAAGGGGCGGAGCCUAUCCUAAGGGAAUGAGGCGGGGUACACGCAAUCCAUGGCAGGUCACGUACCAAUUAGCCUAAUCUGCAGUCCUAAUCAAGACUGUGGGAGGAGACCGGAGAACCCAAAGGGAAACCCACCAAGCACAUGCAAACUCCACACACACACACACACACACACACACACAGACCCUACGAGGGCAUCGAACCCUAACCCUGGAGGUGCUAACCGCUACGCCGCCACACCGCCUCCUUUUAUGCUCAUGAAUUUAAUGUGAUCAGUUCCAGACAGCAGUGUGUCUUAUGUUCUGUCUUAAUUUCAUUCUUUCUUUUUCCCCGAACUCCCUGAUCUGUCUAAUUAACAUAAUAAUAUUUAUUUAUUUAUUGUCCGUUUUUUCACUUGUUCAUUAGUUACUAAAUCAUUUUAUAUUUUCUGAUUGAACUGUGACUCCUCCCCCUCUGUCUCUCUCUCUCUCUACACUGAGUGGUGUGUUUGCACUCUGAGCGGUGUGAACACACACUGUCCAUGUUAUCUGUCGGUCUGGAUGGAUGUGUGUGUUGUAGUCAGGUGUAAAGUCGGUGUGUCGUCUUUAACACCACUGAGUAUCUCGUUUUGCUAAAGAACACAUCGGCACAUGCAACAGGAUGACAGGUCAGGCUGCAGUCGAGCGCUCUGUGUCCUCUCACCGUCUCACUGUGAGGAGCAGACUGGAGGGUGAUGCUGAACGAGCUGAAAGCGCCACCAGCAGGACUGAUGGAGAUGACGAUACGUGUUCAGAGCUGCAGCGUGUUGCCGCUAUCGAACUUCCAAAUGCGGAAGUGCUCCAGGCCUUCAGACAGAGAAAACCGCUGUCCAGGCUGGUGAAUCUGGUGGUGUCUCUGAGGGAAUGGGCUCAUAAGAGUCUAGUAGAGGAGGAGCAGCGACCCGACUCUUUUCUCGAGCGGUUCCGAGGACCUCAGGCCACAAACGACCAACCGGCUGCAGCUACAGAAACCCAGAAGAAGACCAUCAAGGAGAGGUGGGAGGGCUUUGUCGUGUCCCAGUCUGAUGAUAUUUAUUAUUACUGGCUGUUCUUCAUCGCCCUGGCUUCACUUUAUAACUGGGUCAUGCUGGUUGCCAGAGCAUGUUUUGAUCAACUACAAGUCGAGAACCUCUACCUGUGGGUGGGAAUAGAUUACUUCUGCGACUUUAUUUACAUUCUGGACACCUGCAUGCGACUGAGGACAGGUUACCUGGAGCAAGGUCUGCCGGUAAAGGACCUGGCCAAGUUGCGAGACAACUACAUUCACACUCUUCAGUUUAAGCUGGACAUUCUGUCCAUCCUGCCCACAGAGCUACUCUACUUCAUCACAGAAUACAUACCCCAACUUCGCUUCAACCGCCUCCUCCGCUUCUCACGCAUGUUCGAGUUCUUCGAUCGGACCGAGACGCGUACGAACUACCCCAAUGUUUUCCGCAUUUGCAACCUUGUUCUCUAUAUCCUGGUCAUCAUCCACUGGAAUGCCUGUAUCUAUUACGCCAUCUCCAAGGCCAUGGGGCUCGGCUCGGACUCAUGGGUGUAUCCUGCCGAGAACCGGACACUAUCGUACUGCUAUGUUUACUGCUUCUACUGGUCCACGUUAACGCUCACCACUAUUGGCGAAAUGCCCCCUCCAGUGAAAGAUGAGGAGUUUGUUUUUGUAGUUUUCGACUUCCUGGUAGGCGUGCUGAUCUUCGCCACCAUCGUUGGUAACGUUGGUUCCAUGAUCGCCAACAUGAAUGCCACGAGGGCUGAGUUCCAGGCACGCAUUGAUGCCAUCAAGCACUACAUGCACUUUCGUAAGGUCAACCGCACUCUUGAGACGCGCGUCAUCAAGUGGUUCGACUAUCUCUGGACCAACAAGAAAGCUGUGGAUGAACAGAAGGUGCUGAAAAACCUUCCAGAUAAGCUGAGGGCUGAAAUCGCCAUCAACGUUCACCUGGAAACACUAAAAAAAGUCCGUAUAUUUCAGGAUUGCGAAGCCGGACUUUUGGUGGACCUUGUUCUAAAAUUGAGUCCUCAAGUGUAUAGUCCUGGGGACUACAUCUGCAAGAAGGGCGAUAUUGGAAAGGAAAUGUACAUCAUCAAGGAGGGACAGUUGGCUGUGGUGGCAGAUGACGGUGUCACACAAUUUGCGUUGCUAACUGCCGGUGGUUGUUUUGGCGAAAUAAGCAUCCUCAACAUUCAAGGUAGCAAGAUGGGUAACCGGCGUACAGCUAACAUACGUAGCAUCGGCUACUCUGACCUCUUCUGCCUCUCGAAAGACGACCUAAUGGAGGCUGUGACAGAAUAUCCAGAUGCUCAGAAGGUUCUGGAAGAGCGCGGAAGAGAAAUCCUGAGAAAGCAGGGCCUCCUGGAUGAAAGCGUAGCAGCUGGAGGGCUGGGCGUCAUAGACACGGAGGAGAGAGUCGAGCGUUUGGAUGCAUCCCUGGACAUCCUGCAGACACGUUUCGCCCGUUUGUUAGGGGAAUAUACGAGUACGCAGCGUCAUCUCAAACAACGAAUCACUGCACUCGAGAGGCAGCUGUGUCACACGGGACUAGGGCUGCUGUCAGACAAUGAGACGGAAGGAGAACACGCCAGUGUAUAUACACAUACACGUACACACACACAUACACAAGCAGACAUACACACACAACCUGAAACACACACACGGACUCCAGCUGAACCAAACUCUGAAGAGAAGAAGUAAAUCACAUAUGAAACCUCAUGGAUAUAUAGAGUAAUGAUGCUUUAUAUUUUUACUCUUUAUUCUUUGUACGUACUGUAUGUAUGAAUAUACUGUAUAUGACACAUUUUUUUUGUUGAGGUCUGUCCAUGCUCUCUUCCUGAAUAACAAGUUAAAGACUGACGCCGUAUUGGAAGUGUUCUGGAAUAAAACGAAACUACACUACCUAGGCUUGCACCGCAUGUCUUAAACCAUUAAUUACCUAAACAAACAAUAACCAAAAUAAAGCAUGCGUACACGACAAACAGCCUAAAUCUAAUUAGAAUUGAGAAUUUGAAUUAAAUUUUAAUUGAAUUUGUUUUCAUUAUGCAACAUAAAUCUAUUUAAUUAUCACUUUAUAGUUGUUAAAGCGGUGUUUAGUCAGGCCAAACCAGGCACACUAUACGGCCGAAAC